GUGAAGACUCAGUCUGACACAGAGGAGUUUCAUAUGAACUUUGUGCAGAAGAUCAGAGAAACACUCCACCAGCACAUCAACACAGAUGAACACACACAGGUCACAGGCUGCAGUCCCCCCGCAAUGCAUGAUGGGAAACAGAGUCCUUCUGCUGAGCUGCUUCAGCUGCUGAAGACGACGCUCGUUACAUCUCAGCUCAGACUGGAGGAGACGGAGAAACAGGUCCAGGAUCUACUUUUAACGACAGAAAGGCUGCGGGAGGAAAACCAUACCCUGCAACAACUGAGCUCAGAUCAGAGCAGACAGAUCCAGGUGUUGGUGAAACUGGAGGAGGAGGUGACUCGCCUUCGCCAGGAGAGCUCUGAUUGGUCAACGCAGACCGUGGCUCUGCAGGCCGAGCUGCAGAGAGAGAGAGAGGAGAGGACGGAAGAGGUCCAGAAGAUGACAAACUACUUUGAGAACGAGUCAAAGGCUCGUCUGUCCUUCCUCCACUGUCUCUACCAGCGCCUCCUGGCCGGCUGCGUCCUCCUCACUCAGCCCCACAGCAUCCUGGGUAAUUUCACCUGGACGGAGCUGUGUGAUGUCAUCAGCGAGCAAGUGGACCGGCUGAGCUCGGACCUCCACAAGGCCAAUGACAAGAUCGCCCGCCUGCAGAGCGCGUGCCAGAAGAAGACCGUGUGCGUACGUGAGCUGCAGCGCCAUCAGCAGCGUGUGUUGUCUCGUCUGGAGGAGGGCGUAAGGAGGAGGGAGGAUGCCUGGAGCAACCAGCGGACGCAGCUGCAGAACGAGCUGCAGGUGAGUCGCUCUCAGUGCGACUCUCUACGUGAUCACGUCUCCUCUUUCAAGCUCCACCGCUCCUCCCUGACCUCCGACCUCGCUCGGCUCAGGGGUCUCCUCUCCCAAAGCCGCAAGGAGUCCGCCUCCCUCUUGUCGGCCUGCACCCUGCUGGCCGGGGCUUUGAAACACACCCACCACCGCCUGCGGACGCUCUGUGAGCAGAAACGCCUCCUGUGCAGACGCCUGGCAGAGAGGGAGGUGCUAGAGGAGGAGGUGAGGAGGCUGGCCAACGCUCUGGGCGACGAGGAAGACAACGAGGAGGAGAGAAGAGGGAGGAUGGCAGCGAGGAGGUGGUGGAGGAGUGUGUGGGCGGUGUUGGCAGUGAGGAGGUGGUGCACACUGGCUAAAAAGACGACAGUGUUGUUGCGGGUGGAGAGAGGAGGCGGGGCUCUGGCAGUGUGUGUCUGUGGAGAGACAACGCUAAAGGAUCAAAACAAAUCAGAUGAGGAAGAUGGUGGUAAAGGUCGUGAAGGUGUGUUUGCUCGGUGGCUUCGCUCUAAAUGCCUCUUCUCCACCAUCAUAUCCUGCAUGGCCGACCUGCAGGGGGCGCUUACACACACUGGCUCCGCCCCACCAGAGGUGAUGUCUGCAGCUCAUUCUGGUUUAUCCCGCCUCCUGGAUCACCUCCUCAAUCAGUCGGACACAGCGUCCUGCAGAUUGACGCCCCCGCAGCUGAACUUGAAGGCCCUGGUGUCCACCCUCCAGCAGCACUUCCUGCUCUUCAGCCAACGGCUGCACUCGGCCGAGGUGGAGAGGCGGAGUCUGAGGCUGGAGGCGGCCAAUCUGAAGAGAGGACGGCGACGGGAGGGAGAGGACACCUGCCAGAUG